AGAGAGCAGCCCCAAAGACACUCGGGGGAGGAGCUGCUUCCAGCGGGCGCAGCAGUCACCCGGGAGCAGUUCGCGGGGACCCGGUGUGUCUGAGGGGAGCUCCUAGGAGCUUGGCUGGGGCUCGGAGUGGCGGCGGCGUUGAGGGGCCCGGAUCUCACGGGCCCUGGGGACACAUCAGGCUGAGGCGUGGCGCCGAGCCCCAGCGCGGUUUCUGGCGGGUCACGACGGGGAGCUUCUGCAUCUCUUAGCUUUCGCUACCCCAGCUUCUCUCGGCUCCAUUCAGCCCCGAAAUUGCAGCCGCCGGAAGGACGACUCCGAGAAGGAGAGCGUAUACCCCUGGGCCUACUUCUCCUGACGGUGGUGGGGUUUGCUCAGGGCCACAGAGGCGCCGAGGACUGACCCAUCUCGCCAGGAGAGGGCUGGAAAGUGCGAGAGAACCCGGCAGGGCGCGAGCCGCCGUCGGGGCCCCGAGGCGAGGGCGCUGCGCUCGGCUGUAGAUUCCGGGACCCUGGCGGUGCCUGCGUUCCUCUCGCGCUCUCUCUGCUCAUCCGCCAGGUGUGCCAAGCCUUAUCUCCACCACCCAGCCCCUGGGGCAGCCUCCUCUGUGCGACCUUCUGCUUUUGUUUCUUAAGAUCCCCCUCCCCGCUCCUCCCCCGGAAGGGCUGGCACACUACAGGUGCCAACCAUUGAGGGCUGAGGACCAGCGGUCUCCACAGAGAGCUGCGCCUAGAAGAGAAGGAGACUGAUACGGCUGGGACCCGAGCUGCCUUCUGGUCCCAGGGCCCCCAUGCUUCUGCCAUGGUUAACAGGACUAGGGGCUGGAGUGGUCUUCCUGCACUUCCUGCAGAAACUUCUCUUCCCUUACUUCUGGCAUGACUUUUGGUACUUGCUGAAGGUGGUACGCUAUGGAAUUUGGCUGGAGAUGUGCAGACUGAAAGGGGAGCUUGUCACUGUCCUGGAUAAAUUCCUGAGUCAUGCCAAGAAGCAGCCCCAGAAACCUUUCAUCAUCUACGAGGGAGACACCUACACCUAUGAGGAUGUGGAUAAAAUGAGUAGCAGAGUGGCCCAUGUCUUCCUGAACCAUUCCACGCUGAAAAGGGGGGACACCGUGGCCCUGCUGAUGAGCAAUGAGCCAGACUUUGUCCACGUGUGGUUCGGCCUGGCCAAGCUGGGCUGCGUGGUGGCCUUCCUCAACUCCAACGUUCGUUCCAACUCCCUCCUGCAUUGCAUCCGUAGCUGCGAGCCCAGGGCCCUCGUAGUGGGCGCAGAUUUGCUUGGAACUAUAGACGAAAUCCUUCCAAGCCUCCCAGAAGAUAUCAGUGUUUGGGGCAUGAAAGAUUCUGUCCCACAAGGUGUACUUUCACUCAAAGACAAACUGAGCACAGCAUCUGACAGGCCAGUGCCACGCAGCCACCAUGUUGCCUCAAGCCUCAAAUCUCCUUAUCUUUACAUUUUUACUUCUGGAACCACAGGUCUACCAAAAGCAGCUGUGAUUAGUCAGCUGCAGGCUUUAAAGGGUUCUGCUGCAUUGUGGGCUUUUGGUUGUACUGCUGAUGACAUCGUUUAUAUACCCCUUCCUCUGUACCACAGUUCAGGAUCUCUCCUGGGAAUUGGUGGAUGUAUUGAAUUAGGUGCUACUUGUGUGUUAAAGAAGAAAUUCUCAGCAAGCCAGUUUUGGAACGACUGCAGAAAGCAUAACGUGACUGUGUUUCAGUAUAUUGGAGAACUUUGUCGCUACCUUUGCAAACAACCCAAGAGAGAAGAAGAAAAGGAUCAUCAGGUGCGUUUGGCAGUUGGAAAUGGCAUACGAAGUGAUGUAUGGAGAGAAUUUCUAGACAGAUUUGGAAAUAUUAAGAUGUGUGAGCUUUAUGGAGCUACUGAAGGAAACAUUUGUUUCAUGAAUCACACUGGGAAAAUUGGAUCAAUAGGGAGAACAAAUUUCUUUUACAAACUUUUUUUCACUUUUGACUUGAUAAAGUAUGAUUUUCAGAAGGAUGAGCCCAUUAGAAAUGAACAGGGCUGGUGUAGUAAUGUAAAAAAAGGAGAACCUGGACUUCUCGUUUCUCGAGUGAAUGCACAGAAUCCCUUCUUUGGUUAUGUGGGGAACAGGAAGCACACGGAAAAGAAAUUGCUUUGUGAUGUUUUUAAGAAGGGAGACGUUUACUUUAACACAGGAGACUUAAUAGUCCAAGACCAGGAGGAUUUCCUUUACUUUUGGGACCGUAUUGGAGACACUUUCAGAUGGAAAGGGGAGAAUGUUGCAACCACGGAAGUUGCUGAUGCUAUUGGAAUGUUGGAUUUCAUACAGGAAACAAACGCGUAUGGUGUAGCUGUGCCAGAUUAUGAAGGAAAAGCAGGAAUGGCUUCUAUUAUUUUAAAACCAAAUAAGUCUUUAGACUUGGAAAAACUUUAUGAACAAGUUGUAACAUAUCUACCAGCUUAUGCCUGCCCACGAUUUUUAAGAAUUCAGGAAAAGAUGAAAACGACAGAGACAUUCAAACUACAGAAGUUUCAGCUGGUAGAAGAAGGAUUUAGUCCACUGAAAAUUUCUGAUCCACUUUACUUUAUGGAUAACUUGAAAAAAUCUUAUGUUCCAUUGACCAAAGAACUUUAUGAUCAAAUAAUAUUGGGGGAGAUCAAACUUUAAGAUUUUUUAUAUAUGGCAUUUUCAUAUGCUUUCUUAGGAGAGGUGAUAGUAUGUGACUCUUUAAUAUGAAAUGGGGAAAGGGAACUGACAUUAAUUGUGUGCUCUAUUUCCUUAAUAUUCAAAGCUUUUCUUUAAUUAAGUGAGAAGUUUAAUUUGUUUUAAUUGAGAACCUUUAGUUGACUAUUCUUUUUACCUUUUUGGAGAUUCAGUGCAUAACUAAGUAUUUGCCUUAAUCUUAAAGAUUUUAAAUAAUCAAUCAGUGGUUAAGACUUUAGACGCUUACUAAAAAUGAACUUUUUAAUAUUUAAAGUUUCUAGUUUUGAAUAAAUCAUUAAAUUUUACUCAAAUAUUUGAUUUUUAUGUGCCCUGUCCUAUAACUCAAUAAAACCAUCUUCAUUAAUAUGUUU